CGCAGUACCGUGUAAACACAACUACCGCGGUUAGCUUUCGCUAUAGCUGUGACUGUUGUAGCAGGAUAGGUCAACAUAAAAGAGGUUCAGUUUUACUCGGAAUUUGACGCUGAGGUCGUUAGAAUGUCUUUAACAAAACUAAGCGCUUUCUCCGUAAUAUAUGUGUGGUCAGCUAAUUAACAGCAGCAGCUAUUAAGGUUAGCUUGCAGUGACGUAAACUGGUAACGUCAAAGUGUUUGUUCACUAACCUAGCUCGUUAACGCCCGAGUUUUAUACAGUUUAAUAGUCAGUUACCUAAAAAGUCGGUGUAGUUAAUCAGAUCAUUACUUUGAUAUUAUCAACAUGUCUGAUAAUAUCACAUCAAUAUUCUCUGUAAUUAGCUAGCCCGGCAGUGUUAGCGUUAGUUUGCUAACUCAGGUGAUAGGCCGUCGACUUGCGGGAAACAAUCCAUCCGGCCUGGACAAAUACAAAAGAAACUCGUCGAGAUUGUUUUAGCGUCAUCAUAUGUUGACUGAAAACAGAAAACGGCAGCGCAAUGGUGGUGAUGAGGAGAGUGGCCACCUGGUGCCCCAAGCCAAAAGGCAAAGCAGAGGUCAUCCUCUCUCACCUGAGCCAGGUCGCGAUGCCUGCUGGGACUCUGAGUCAUCAAACAGCGAGAGCAGCAGCAGCAUCAGCAGUCCAGAACAUGCGGCUGGGAGCCGAACCAGUCAAUGCGUUGUGGGCCCCAGCAGUCCCCUCAGUGCCGGUGACUCCUCUGAACUGGCUGCCCAUGCACACCUGGUGUCCUACCUGCAGAUAAACCGCAUCCUGAAGCAGGCCCACUUCCAGAGCCUACAGAGCCGAGGCCGCCUCAGAGACAUGUGGCGACCUGAUAUGUCUCUCUGUCAGCCACCAGAGGGCUGAGUCUCCGAGGCACAUUGUAAUAUCACAUGCGGAUUCACUUCACUCGGCUCUUCCCAAUCGUCUCCAGUUACCGUGGCAUCUCGCGGCUCUUUAUAUCUGUGGAUCGAGGCCGGCUCCUGGUCAGGUAUCUGGAGGGGGUUCAUCAAUCAAAUAAGUCAAACUGAUAAUCAUUUUAGCAAUAAUUACUGUGUGAUCAGAUGAAACAUUUUUUUGUGAUCAACUUGAUUUCUGACCAGUCUGGUUUACAUGCUGCGCUUUGGAGCCUUAUUGUGACUGACUGAUGAUGAAUCUCUUGUGUUUUGUUGUAUGAAAACAGUGCUACUGUAGCUGCAGAAAUGGAACCAAACAAAAUUUUAGGCCGGUCAGUGUGACUCGUUUAGUCUCCUAGUAGGGUACUUGGCAUGUAUAAUGAUGAAUCUGAUGUCUGUGUAAGUACAUGGACCAGUCUCAGGGAGGAUUUGCACUUGUCUUGGACUGCUCAUUUGCUUUCAUAUUCAGACAGGGUCUCCUUUACAGGGACACAAAGGAACCAUGGAUGUUAACUUUGCCAAGGAAGUUAUGUUUCCUGUUAGUUAAUAGAGUAUAUGAUAUAUAUUCCAGUUAGAUGUAGUUGAGAGUUAGGCCAUGGACUCAUUUUUAUCACAGGUCACGUUUUUGGAAAAGAUUUCAUAACAUCACAAAGCAGGGAAUUUUCAACAAUGUCCUUCCAUUACUGCACUUACUUUGAUAAAAACAAAAGUGGCACAUGAAUUCUAUAUUUAAUUAUUAGUUGUUGUGGAACUAUUGCUCCAGGUGUGGAUUUAAAUUUUAGAAACAUAGCUUUCCAGCUAUCAGGUAGCUGUGUAAUAUACAAAUUAUUUCAUGAUCUCGACAUAACAUGUCCUGUCUUCUCAUGAUCGUUAAAUAAUACUGUGGAUUGUAGCAUGGGCAUAAUCAUCUGUAAUGAGCAGCACUGCCAAAUGUCACUGCUCAUAUUUGACAUCAGAAUAUAACGUUAUUAUUAACUGAUGCAACUACAACCAAAGGAGAAGUCCAUAUAAUCGCACUAUGGUAUUCCCCUGUAGGGAGCAAUGGGCCACCUGUGGUUGUUGGCAAUUAUUUAACGAUGUAAUGAUAGGACCAAAAGCAAUGCCAAGUAGGGCUUGUCUCAUGUAUAUGGUUUACAGAUGAUUACAACAUCUGUCAUUAAGUCUUCUGUAAUCAUUAUGAGAAUACAUGUUGAUUAAUGUCAAAGUUUACUAUAUCGAGAUCAUGAGAAAAUCAUUUAGAUUUUGAUGAGAUUAGGUCAGAUAAAAUAAGCAAUUAAGUUUUUUUUUGUUAGUUUGUUUUCUUGUGUUCAUGGAAAAUGUAGCAAUGACUUCAUGACCUCAGAGAGAAAACAAAAUGGUGGUUAUACCCAUGAACCCUACAGCUGCAGUACCGCCUUUUAGCAAUGAAAAGACAUUCCCCAGGCUUUGUUUGCAGUCCUACCGGAGCCACUAAAAUGCUGUUUUAAUUGCAGAUGAGACUUUCUGCCUGUGCACUACCAUUCAAUUGUUGCUGUAUGUGUCCCUGUGCACUGAACAUCCAGGUACAAGCACUGACCGUCACUCCUUUGAGUAGGAUUGGUUUCAUUGCUGAACUCACAUCCCAGGAGUACGCUCAGCUGUAUUUAUUUAUAUUUUUUUGGUUACUUUACUAGUGUGUCAGAAGUAAAAGCAUUUUGAAGAUGUGGUUUAUUUUUUUUUUUUCAAUUAUAUAUUUUUUGUAUUUAGUAAUUUACAUGACAUUAAUGAGACAUUGACUUUUUUUUUCUUGUAAAUACCCUGCCAUAUCAAAAAUAAAAAUGAAUGUUUUUGAUGUUUUUC